AGCUCUUUUGGCCCAGGCCAGCGGUCCUCCUGUGAGCCCUGGUUGCUCCGGGACGCGGGCACCCCUCGGGGGCCUCUCCGCAGGGGGCCCGCGGCGCGCGAGGCCUCGCCUGGGGGAUGGCGCCCAUGACGUCGCUCCGGCUGGAGCCUGGAGACAGGCUGCGCUUCUCCAAGGCGACGACCAGCAGGGUCCUGAGGCUCACGAACACCAGCGGCGCCCACGUGGCCUUCAAGGUCAAGACGACGGUGCUGAAGGCCUACGCGGUGCGGCCGAGCGCUGGCACGCUCGGGCCCGGGGCGCACCAGGACGUGUGCGUCAACCUGAACAGCACGAGCGACCCCGCCCAAUACAGACACAUAGGUUUUUGGUGGUGGCGGUUCCGGUGAAGUCCGCGGACGCGGUUUCCCGGGAGGAGUGGGAUGCGUUCGACAAGGGCAGCAUCCAGGAGCAGGGCCGUUCGGCCGCCCCCUGGGGCCACGGGGAUCCCAGGAGCAGCCAGGCAGAACCUCCUCGGGCCGGUAGCCAGUCAGAGCAUGUCACAUCCAGCGGGCUUGCAGCCUGAGGAGCCCUCACCACACCCUGUGGAAGCAAGUGGCACGCGUGCCCUUUCUCUUGCACCAAGGAGCU